ACCAUAGAACCUCUAAUAACCCUAUCAGCGCACUAUUAGUAGGUAUAUAUAGAACAAGCAAAAUCUGCCAUCUAACACUAAUAUUUGAUUACUUCAUUUGUCCACUUUCUGAGAACUUGGUUCUUCACCACUUGCCUCACGUUGGUACAGAAUAUUUGAUUACUUAGAUACGAUUGUUUUGUUCUCAAGCAACCAAAAAUGCCUCAAGUUUUGCUUUCUGAGUCAAUUUCAGCAGAAUUGGGAGCUCAAGAUCCGUGGCCCAGUGAUGUGCGGCUUUUCCAGCCCUUUGAGGUGGAGCAAAUUCUUCUGCCAGACUCGGCUGCUUGUCUUUCUGUGGCGGCCUUCCUGAAGAUGUGCAAGCUGGACUACAAGAAAGAGGAGAGGGCAAAUGCUGAGUACAUGAGUCCCAGUGGUCGAGUGCCGUUCAUCAAGGCUGGGGCGUUUGUGGUGGCAGAACUGGACCACAUCAUCACCUUUGUGGGGCAUAAGACAGUUGUUAUCCUGUACAGGGGCACGGAGCUGGACGCCGUUGUUUUCGGCCACCUGUUAUCCUGUACUUGUUCUCACGUUGUUAUCCUGUACAGGGGCACGGAGCUAGACGCCGUUGUUUUCGGCCACCUGUACACGCUGCUGACGACGCCCCUGCCUGACGCGGGCCUGGCGUCGGUGGUGCGCAGCUACCCGUCCCUCGUCUCGCUCUGCAGGACCAUCGAGGGUGAAUACUUCAAGACUCCUACAAAGGGCAACAAAGGACCGGCGCCUCCUACUGGGCAACCUCCAACGCAAAGUCCUCAGCCAAUUCCUUCACAAACGACGCCAGCGCAACAGCCUGCGGGGGGAGGUGUUGAGAGCAACGGCGAGUACGACAAACUCGAGGACAUCAGCCAGCCUUACGCCCCCACGUACGAGGCGGUCACGGUGCCCCGGCACAGCGCGGUGUUCCCGUGGCCGCUGGGGGCGCUGCUGACGUGGCGGCGGCGGCGGGCCGUGCUGAGGAAACUGCACCUGCUGGGCUGGCGGGACAAGACCCUGCAGGAGGUUUACGACGAAGUCAACAACUGCUGCCGGGCGCUGGCGCAGCGCCUCGACAACAUGCCCUUCUUCUUCGGUAAAAUGGGCACGGAGCUGGACGCCGUUGUUUUCGGCCACCUGUUAUCCUGUACUUGUUCUCACGUUGUUAUCCUGUACAGGGGCACGGA